AUGCGUGACAAUUACAAAACAGCGGUUAUCCUCGCGGCGUUAUCAAAAGAAUUCAAAUGGGAAGAAGUUCCUGAUCGUUUAAUGUUGCGGGAGAAGCAAAAGAUGAGCAAAAUCAAUCGUAUCUUCUAUUUCUUAGCCUUUUUGGCAAUUGUGUUCAUUAUUCUAAAGGUGCAAAAGGUUGAAAGUAACGAAGAGACUUCGAUGAUGGAAUGGAUGAGCAGACUAAGCAAUGUUGAUCAAGCAGAAAGUACACUUGCGAAGGAUAACGAGAUCAAAUCUCUUGAACGUUUUGAGCGACUCAAAAUGAAAGAUUUCGAGCUAAUCGAUCGCAAUCUGACUGGUGAAGAGAUGUUUGUUUAUUAUGCUUACUAUGACAUCAGAGACCCACUUGGGCCAAGGAUUCGCUUUUUGGCAAACGCUGUUUGUCGUGAUCUGGACAAAAAAGAAAUUACGGUUGAUGUGGGUGAUGGACAGGAAGUGUUACCUCUUGAAUGGGCAAACGGGAUCAGCACUGGUGGCUGUGCCGAUUGCCUUCUUCAGGGAAUGGAUUUCGCAACCGUUGUACACGAGGGUCCUGUUUCAGACGAAAUUGUGAUCAGCCGGAAAACGAAGAGCAGAAAAGUGAAAUUGCACCAAAUCGCUCAGAAUUAUGAAGAGAAAGAUGAGAUGAAAUCGUGCAUUUUGUCACCCUUAUUUUGGUACAAUGAUUGGCCUCGUUUGUUUGUCUUCUUUGAGUGGUGGAAGCGAAAAAAUGGAAUCAAGAAGAUUCUCAUUCACAUUCAUUCGUUGUCAAAAGUGACGAAGCAGUUGAUCGACUAUUAUGUGAAUGAGGGUCUUGUCGAAGUCGGCACUUUCCCGUGGAUGCCCUUCACGGCCGACUACAACCCGAAUGAUCACAUCUUUUAUAAUUCUGUUCACAUCGCCACGCAAAUCUGUUCAGUUUGGUCGGACAGCAAGUACACAACGAUGAACGAUGUAGAUGAGUUGUUUUAUGUCAGGAAUUCAUCAGAAAAUCUUCUCAGCUUGACACAAAGACUUAUGGGAAGUCGAGCAACAGAAAUUUCAUUAAAAACUGUGGGCGCUCUCGGCUUGCAGGCUACGGCUCUCACAUUUCCAAGUGGUGGCUUGAGUGCGGAUGAAUGGAACUACAAAGAAUUCAAGACAUUGAAUUUUCUCAAAUCAACAACCGUAUACCGAUCUGAACAAUACACAAAAUACAUCUACGAGACGGCGUCAGCAAAGAAACCGUGGCUUCACGAGAUGCUCGAGUUUUUUGGGGAAAAGGAACAGAUUAGGCUAAACGAGGAUCAAGCCGUUUACUUGCACAUGCGGAACAACUAUAAUGCCGAGACUUUUCGAACCAGCAAACAAGUGCUCCUUGAUGCCAAUUUGAGACUUUUUGAGGAUGACGAACUUGAGGCAAUGAGGAACACUUUGGAUAAGAUCUUUCCCAUUCCGCCAAGCUAUAAAACGGAAAUAACCUUGCCAGUGCUCAGCGAGUGUCGAUUGAGAUCAAAAAACGACACCAAAAGAGAAAAAUGUUUAAAAACGACGGGUACAACGUGUUACGAUGCGAUGAAAGAUCUCGAUGAUUGGGUUUUUGCAGUCCCGAAUGAGGACAGUGUUUUUACUCCAAUU